UUGCGCGCUGCGCUUCUGGGGCGGAGCCUGCCGCCCGCCGCGAGGGGGCGCGCGCCUGGCGCGGAGGCGACGCGUUCAUGGAGGGGGUGAAGGCGGAAGCGCGGGAGGGGGCCGCGGUGGCCCGGGACCUGCUGGCUCUAGGGUAUGGGGGUGUCCCGGGGCUGGCGUCGCGGGACGCCUCAUGCCCAGACUUCAGGGCGCUGUGCGCGCAGCUGGCGGCGGAGCUGGCGAAGCUGGGCGCCCUGGAGCAGCAGCGAGAGGCGGGCGCCGAGGUGCUGAGCGCCGGCGACGGCCCCGGCGCGGAGGAGGACUUUCUGCGGCAGCUUGGCCGCCUAUUGCGGGAGCUGCACUGUCCGGAUCGCAGGCUCUGCGGUGGGGAUGGCGCGGCUGAGCUUCGGGAACCCGGCUCCAGCCUGCGCCUGCUACGCUUUCUCUGCUCAGAACUCCAAGCCACCCGCCUCCUGCGCCUGCGCUCUCUGCUGGAUCCCAGUCCUGGACCACCCCUUGGUGAAGGGGUGGAGGGAACUUGCAUGGUCCAGGAACUGGGCCUUACCCUCCAAGCCCUGGGACUGCACAGACCUGCACCAGGGACCCCCGCCAGCCAGCUGCUGCAGGAGUUGCAUGCUAAGAUCUCAGAGCUACAGCCUUCUCUGCCGCCCGGGUCCCUGCAGCCCCUCCUCAGCUCCUCGCUAGAUGCACCCAGAUGGGAAGCAUUGGAGUCUCUGUCCCAGAGCCUGAGAGAUCAGUACCACUGCCGCCGCUGUCUCCUCCUCAAGCGCCUUGACCUCACCACAUCUGCUUUCCACUGGAGUGACCGGGCAGAGGUGUGGGCAGAGGAACGGGCAGAAUUGGAGAGGCCCAGUUGUGGGUGGCUGCAGUUGCAGGGAGGAAGAAUGAAGGCCAGGAAUAUCACCCUCUUGGAGGCCCAAGGAGAGGCCAUGAGGGCAGUGCUGAUCCCACUUCGAGAGUUUCUCACCCCAGAAUCGGACAUCUCCCUCGCACAUGUCCUGGCUGCCCGAGCUGACCUGUCUCGUCUUGUCCCAGCCACCAGUGUGGCUGUCCGCAGAGGGACCUGCUGUGCCAUCAACAAGGUGCUUAUGGGCAACGUUCCAGACCGGGGAGGCCGCCCAAAUGAGCUGGAGGCUCCCAUGCCCACCUGGAGGAGCCGAACAGAGGGUGGAGGUGGACGGAAGACAGGCCCCCAGUGCUGGGGCCGCAAGAAGAAGAAGAAGAAGUAAAGAGGGACUGGUGGGUCGGGGCAGGGGUCCUCCAUGAGAUGCUAAUGCCGUUGGUCAUCUGGGGAGUUGGUUUAAGUUUUUCCUUGGUAUUUGACUUCUCAUCUCCUAUUCCUGAGGCCCCAAAUGCCCCACUCCCAUGCACCCGUCAAUACCAAGAGCCAUGUUCUCUGGAGAAUAAAUUUAAUUUAUGACA